UAUGCGAUGCUUGUUUUAGAGGGGGUUUAUUGUGACCAGUCAAAUGUAAAUCAUCCUAGACGUAGUUAAAUUUGGUGCGAGAUUAAUUUUCCUACACUUUCUCUGCCGGUGUUCUGACAGAUGAUGCGGUCUGAGUGUAUUCUGGCAGUAAUCUUGUCUUUCUGUCGGCGAUUAAUUCUCUUACUAGUGUCUUAAGGUGAGUCUCCGCUCCCCUCCGCAGGGUGAGAUGGUUCAGUCCGCAAGCGCGCCGCGUCCACACUCGUUUUUAUGACCAAGCGUGCAGAUAAAACGGGCUCUCUUGAUUCUGUCAGCCAUUUAUCCCGUUAAAAGACUCGCCCGUGUUUCACUAUCUAAAUAAGGAUAAAUGAAUUAACUCUAGCCAUGUCAGUUUCUGAGCCAGCGUCAGUGGACUCUGGCGGAGCGGGAGGGUAUGGAGCCUUUUACCCGGCUGGAUACCAGGCGCUGAACCCGGAGGAGCACGGCCUAGACCGUGGCUUCCGACUCACGGCCUUCUCCGAUCUGAAGGGAUGAGGGUGUAAAGUCCCACAGGAGACUCUGCUCAAACUCCUGCAGGGACUAGAGCCGGACCGCCUGCCCGGAGAGGACAGCGGCUCGGGGGCGGGUGUUGGAGACGAGACCGCUGAAUUCGGACUUGUUUCAGUUGCUCAGGGUCCUCGACUAGGGAUUGGAAUGGACUCGUGUGUGAUCCCUCUGAGGCAUGGAGGUCUUUCCCUGGUCCAAACCACAGAUUUCUUCUAUCCUCUAGUGGAGGAUCCUUACAUGAUGGGACGAAUUGCUUGUGCAAAUGUUCUGAGUGAUCUGUACGCCAUGGGCAUCACUGAGUGUGACAACAUGCUCAUGCUUCUCAGCGUCAGUCAGAAGAUGAAUGAGAAGGAGAGAGAUCAGGUGUUGCCUCUAAUGAUGAAGGGCUUCCGUGAUGCAGCAGAGGAGGCUGGGACUUCAGUAACCGGGGGACAAACAGUCAUCAAUCCCUGGAUCAUCAUCGGGGGCGUGGCUUCUGUGGUGUGCCAGCCCAAUGAUUUCAUCAUGCCUGACAGUGCUGUACCUGGAGAUGUGUUAGUUCUGACUAAACCUCUGGGAACUCAAGUAGCAGUGAAUGCCCAUCAGUGGCUGGAUAUACCUGAGAAGUGGAACAAGAUAAAGUUGGUGAUAUCCAGGGAGGAGGUGGAGCAAGCUUAUCAGGAGGCUAUGCUUAAUAUGGCCACCCUCAAUCGCACUGCUGCUGCCUUAAUGCACAAAUUUAAUGCACACGCUGCCACAGACAUCACAGGCUUCGGGAUCAUAGGUCACGCACGGAAUCUCGCCCAGCAGCAGAAAAAUGACGUUGCCUUUGUCAUUCACAACCUUCCCAUUAUCUCCAAAAUGGCCGCAAUCAGUAAGGCUGGUGGCAACCUGUUUGGGCUUUUGCAGGGCACUUCCUCUGAAACAUCAGGUGGUCUGUUGAUCUGCUUGCCGCGGGAGCAGGCAGCCCGCUUUUGUGCCGAGAUGAAAUCCAGUCGUGUGGGUUUGUCGGGAGCUGUGGGGCAGGACGGAGGGGCGGGCGAUGGGCAACAGGCUUGGAUCAUUGGCAUCGUGGAGAAGGGCAAUCGCUGCGCCCGCAUCAUUGACAAACCUCGGAUCAUUGAGGUCCCGUACCGUGGCUCUGUGGUCUGCACACAGGAGGCGAGCAACAAUAAUGCCAGUCCUCCUGAGGUGCAGCUGACCUAACAACUCCACAGUGCCACGGAGGCGCUCUCAGUGAG